AUGUCGACCUUCAACGGUAUCGUCAGGGAGUUUCCGACCAUUAGGAUCGACUAUUUCAGACCACAUCUGGACCAACCUCCUCCGGAAGCGUUGUUUCUCAGCCAUGUCCACAGUGAUCAUCUGCUGGGACUGGAAUCGGUCAAGAUGCCUUUUGUAUACUGCUCGGCCACGACGAAACAGAUCCUCCUCAGGCUGGAAAAGUAUCCCUCGCGAAUCAAUUUCGCCAAAGGCAUCCUAGAAGCACGGAAGCUCCAUUACCGCCACCUGAAGACAGUGCUGAGAACGUUACCUCUGAAUACUGCGGUGCAGAUUCAGCUCAACCCCAAGCGCACCAUCAACGUCACUCUUCUUGAUGCCAAUCAUUGUCCAGGUGCAGUCAUGUUUCUUGUCGAAGGUGAUGGGAAGGCAAUACUGUACACGGGAGACGUUCGUGCAGAAACUUGGUGGGUGAAUUCAAUCGUCCAAAAUCCUUUUGUUCUCCCGUAUGUCUGUGGCUUGAAGACCCUAGACUGUAUAUAUCUGGACACUACGUUUGCGAGCCAUGACGAACCAUACAAGGACUUUCCCACCAAAGCAGAAGGCUUGAAAGAGUUGUUGGAAAAAGUCAGUCAAUGCCAUCCAGACACAAUCUUCUAUUUCAGAGCGUGGACGCUCGGCUAUGAAAAUGUCUGGAUCGCCCUCUCCAAUUUCUUACAGACGAGAGUGCAUGUGGACAAGUAUCAGCUCAGGAUUCUCAGACCUGUUGAAGAUCACGGCUUUAAUCCGUAUCCUGAGGGGGCUGCACUAACCGGGUCAACAGUGGGAAACCAACAAGUAUCCGGAUGCCUCACAACCGAUACACACGUCAAAAUUCACAGCUGCGAGCCAGGACUGCCUUGCCAUGCAGAGUUGAGUAGGCUCAACAAUGUCAAAUGGAUCACUCCAAUCAUUUCGAGACUGAAAGACGGCACCGAGAUACUUGAGCUAGGCGCCGGAGGUGGCGGAGGCGAUCUCUAUCAGUCAUCAGAGUUAAGCCUUGGCGAUUCUGCGUCUCUAGAACAACUAGGGGCUCUGUGCCUGCAGCUGACCGACGACGAGCAGGUGAAAGCUAAGAUCACAGCGGAGGUAGAGCGUGGCAAACGAUUGAGAGACUUCCACAUACAUAUUCGAGGGCUUCCUCUACCCGAUUCCCACGACACUCCAACUGUUGCACUGAAAGAUCUUGUUGCGAAGUUGGCUAAAUGCGAUAGCUGGUCUGAUCCUUCGGGCUUGAUUAAGGAGCAUGUUGGAACUCACAACAAGAAUAACACCAUUCACUUCCCCUAUUCUCGACAUUCCUCAUAUCAUGAGCUUCGUCACUUAGUAAGGGUGUUUCGACCUCAUGACAUUUGUGCUUGUACAGUCGAUCCAGAGACUUGGACAGAUGAAGUGAGUAUGGAAGCUCUUUUCGGGGAUCUGUGUUCUAGCAAAUAUUUCUUCUUCGACAAGAUGGUGAGGAAUGCAGUUGAGGAGAAGAAAAUUGUUGCUCCAAGCUAUAGCGGCAAAAGAAAGAGAGAUUGGAUAGCAGAGGCACAGUCUCAGGAAACACAAGCAUCUCAUGAGCUGGACCAUGAAGAUGCCUUUGAGACGGCACAAGCGGAAGCAGAUAUUGAGCAGAAGCAAAAUCUCGUGUUGCACAAUACUGGCUCUACAGCAACCGACCUGUUGAACGACACAUUGGACAAGAUACGGGCAGCAUUCCUUCAAAUCAAUCAAGGUCGGACUCGAAUUGACCUCGAGGAUGAUCGUAUUGAUUCUCUGGCCACCUCUGAUUUCGAGUCCCAGACUGGCUCCUCGUCAAAGCUGCCAAGGAAACAGAAUGAAGGCAUUGUCCUUCAAGUGUUGCCAGAAGCCAGCACUCACCAGGAUAAUGUCCUUCCAACCGAACUCGAGACAAGUACUCAGGGAGUAUUUGGUGAUGAUCAGUUAGAGAACGAUCAGAGAAGUCGUGCUCGUAUGGAAGCUUACAUGGCUGCCAAGCGUUGUCUACAGGACAAUGACAGUAGCGAAUGGGAUGAUCUGCCUUUGCGGAGCGUUGGGCGUCAAGGGCACCAGGAAAAGGAGUUCGAAUUGUAG